UCUCUGAUUGGUUGAUAGGAAUGUGGUGAUUUCUGAAGAAAGCGUAAAGCCUCUAUUAUUUAAAAAAAAGGGUAAUUUGAAUCCUCUGCAAAAAAAUGGGGGACUUCAAAAGCAACCCUCAGUUCAUUCCUGACGACGACUUUAAUAUUAACGAAUUAACUGGAAUUGACGAUUUACUUUCAAAUUGCGAAAGUGAGUUAUUAAAGAAUACAUUAUUCGAAGACAAUGCCUUUUUGGAGCCUUUGCGUAUGGACGACUUGGACAUUUUGGGUUUGAAUAACGGCUUGUUUGAAUCUGGCCUACCGUUAACCUCCACUAACGAACAACCGCUUUACGCAGCUGCGACACCCCAACCAAGUACGUCACUUCCAGACCAAUUUCUAAGUAGCAGAGUUUUACAAAAUAAACCUCCGCAAGUAUCACAAGCUGCACAAGUGAAAUCGGAAAUUAAAUCUGAGCCUCUCGUGAGUUUUCCCGUACAUCGCCAGUUACCAAAUGCAGCUAAAGUUAUAAUAUCGUCACCCAACCGUAACACAAACCAGCCGAUUGUGUAUUCCAACAUUCAACCUUUACAAGCAAAUCAACGUGUAGUCCUACAACAAUCUGGCAUUGCCGUACCUGCACUUAACAAAACCCUUCAAAAAGGCCAACCCGUUUUAAUACAGAGCGUCGACAAAAUGCCACAACUCCUGCUGCAGACCAAACUUGAGCCCCAACUACCCAAACACACAGUCAUGUACACUACAGCACCGUUAACCUGCGCUACGACCACAAGUGUACCGACGCAGGCAUCUCUGCACACUUUGGUCAGUUCGGCCGGUCAGAUCGUGGCUACUGGUAUUCCCUUAGUUUUGGAUACCGAUAAGAAAGUCGCGAUCAACCGUAUUUCCCCGCAACAGGGUAGUAAGGAGCCGAAAGUGAAGGAGGUUAAGAGAAGCGCGCACAAUGCGAUAGAGAGGAAGUAUCGCACCAGUAUUAACGAUAAAAUCGUGGAGCUGAAGAAUAUGAUAGUAGGAAUUGAUGCAAAGUUAAACAAAUCCGCCAUUCUGCGUAAAGCUAUAGAGUACAUACGAUUUUUACAAAACUCCAAUGCGAAAUUGAAACAAGAAAAUAUGGCAUUAAAAAUGGCGGCUCACAAAAAUACUUUGAAAGACUUACUAGUCACCGGUACCACCAACCUCUCCGAUACAUCAAUGGGCGAGUACGACCCCGCCUACACUCCCCCACAUUCGGAUAUCUCAUCGUUCUCGCCUGAGCACUCUCUACCGUCCAGUCCAGAGUAUCCGAUGGAAAUCAAAACGGACAGCGAAGACGAAACGAAAGGUAUCACCAGGGGAAUGCUGGAUCAUUCGAAGAUGGCCUUGUGCAUGUUUAUGCUCGCUAUAGUUUCGUUUAAUCCAUUCGGAGCGGCGUUCAAUAAGUUCUCGGGCAAGGCGCAAGAUUAUUCUGGAUUAAAUCGCAAUCUUCUAAGCGAUGAAGAACCUUCUCCGUGGAGUAUUGUCAAUUCGACAAUAUUUUUGUGGACUAUCAACAUAUUUAUUUUAUGUGUUUGCUUUGUUAAGAUGUUAAUGUAUGGAGAUCCGAUAAUUCCAAGCAAGUCUAAGGAAUCUCAGACAUUUUGGUGUCAUAGGAAGCAAGCUGAUUUUUAUUUAUCCAAGGGUGAUAGAGUUGGUGCCAAUCAGGAAUUGCGAAAGUGUUUACAAACGUUUGGCCUCUCUCUACCAACAAGCAGAUUUGAAAUCUUUACCGCAUUCUUUUGGCAAGUUUGCCGACAAUUUUUACACCGGUUAUGGAUUGGUAAAUGGCUGUCGAGACAUGCUGGCGGUUUUUUCGUGGAUGGGGUCACAAGAUACGAAGCUCUAGUCUCCUGUCGCGAUUUGGCCUUGGUUUAUCAUAGCCUCAAUCAAUUGCACUUGGUGAAUGGACCUGGGGACAGUGGCCACAUCGCGGGGAUUGUGUUGUCAUUUACGGCAGUUAAUUUAGCAGAGGCUGCUGAAUCGAAAGUGUCUCCACCAAUUCUGGCUGACAUCUACGUCAGCGCGGCACUAAGAAUAAAAGCCAGCUGUCCGCCUUUUAUUCACGGAGUUCACAGGUACUAUCUGGGAUUGGCAAAGUUAGCUUCGACAAACUCUUGCGAUCCAAUGCCUCAAAGACUACAAUGGCUGUUCACUCCAUAUGGGUACCGCUUCUUCAUUUCACAAAAAUUCUCCUAUGACUCUGAAUUGAUUGAUCUACCAUUUAGCAAUUUGGGAAACAGAGCCGAUCCUAUGGCAUAUGUUAUGAAGGUGUACAGAGAGCAGUUAAUCGAGAAAGGCUUACAAACUUUAGUUGCACCGGGAUGUCGAAAUGAAGGCAGUGACCGUAAAACCCAAACAUCGGAUGUGCUUAAUUACGUUUCUAUGCUAUUGGAAAGCGUCACUGCGGAUAUUCCAGCUGUUUUUAAUUCUACAACCUUGCACAAGUAUGAAGAUGAAGUGGGUCAUUGGUGGACGAGCAUCCUGGCAGUCGCCUGCUAUUGGCUACUCGGCGAGGAAAACAACUCGGAACGUCUCCAUCAACAAAUUGAAAAUCUUCCCAAAGUAUUAUACGACCUGAGCGAUCCACUCCCGAAGGCGGUUCUAGCCGCGUACAUAGCGCGAAGCACUUACUUGAAAGGUGGAAACACCAUCCCUAAAAAGGUUAUGCUGCGCCGGUGCGAGGUUGCGAGUCAACUUCUCGAAGACAGCAUAAAUUACAGCAGCUGCAAACAGCAGAGCAAUCUGGGUUUGAUGGCGCAACUGCUAGUGUGUGAUUGGUUGCUUGAAACUCGUACUUGCAUAUGGGAAAAUAAUUUGGAGAACGAUACCAACACCUCCCCUGUUCCCAAUUCUAUUCUAUCUGCGUUCCAAAAGGAUUUAUCAUCGUUGCGCAAUUUAACACAACAAGUCCCUAGUGCUUUGCCUAGAGUAUUUUUGUACGAAGCUACUGUACGCAUGAUGGCAGGUGCGGCUCCAGGAAGAACCCAGAAGUUGCUAGACCGUAGUUUAAGGCAGCGAUAUUCCAAAUCGUCCAUUAUGAUAUGUGCUAAAGAUAAAAAUCACCAAGAAGAUGGUGGGGAGAGACAACAUGCGACUGCAUUGUACAUGGCAUGUCGUCAUCUUCCAGGUCAACUACUGUCAUCUCCAGGUGAACGUGCUGGCAUGUUGGCAGAAGCUGCCAAAACCUUGGAGAAAAUUGGUGAUAAAAAGAGGCUGCACGAUUGUUAUAAACUUAUGAAGACAAUAGGACCAAAUUCUGUAACCAAUUAAUGUUUCAUUCACUUGCACUUAGUUUUUUUUAUGUGAUAAUUUGAAAGGAAAGUUAUCUUCUU